AUGUCUGUACCUGCUUCUCGCUCCGGUGGCAAUGCCCAGUACGACUACCUGUGUAAAUUACUCUUGAUUGGAGAUAGUGGAGUGGGAAAGAGUUGUUUAUUACUUAGAUUUAGCGAUGAUACUUUUACUACAAAUUUCAUAACGACUAUCGGUAUUGAUUUCAAAAUCCGUACCAUUGAAUUGGAUGGAAAACGAGUAAAACUUCAAAUUUGGGAUACUGCUGGACAAGAACGAUUCCGUACGAUCACAACUGCCUAUUACCGAGGCGCUAUGGGUAUCAUGCUCACCUAUGACGUAACUGAUGAACAGUCGUUUUUAAACAUUAGAAACUGGAUGAAAAAUAUUGAAGAACAUGCUGCCGAUAAUGUCAAUAAGAUGUUGAUCGGAAAUAAGUGUGAUUUAAUUGAAAAGAGAGUUGUAGAAGUAGAACGAGGACAACAACUUGCCAAGAGUUAUGGCAUACCUUUUAUGGAGACAAGUGCAAAGAAUAAUAUUAACGUAGAGGAGGCUUUCUUCACUAUUGCUAGAGAAAUUAAAUCUAGAUUAAUAGAUUCUGGAGAGGUCGAUCCUGAGGAAACUAAAGCACAAGAUAGAGAGCCAGGAAGUACUGAAAAGAAGGAUCCUAAUGCAAACAAAACAUCAACAGGUGGAACCAAUGGUACUGUCAAGAUUGAUUCCCAAGGCACUGGCGAGUCAGAUAAGAAGAAGAAAAAGAGCUGGUGCUCAAUUUUGUGA